AUGGAUCAGCAGCUGCAGCGGCAACACAAGGAGAGGAAGAAGCCUCGUGACCGGCGCAGCAUCCUGCGCAAGACGUGCGCAGUGCUCGAGAGCUUGAGGCUCGGCUCCAACAUGGAGAAUGAGCUUUGGGCGCUUGAGACCCUGGCAAGCAUGCGGUUUGACGGCACGGAGCCGCAGUAUGAGGUGGGCGCCAUCCGCUUGCUGUCGAGCGUGCUGAACGCCGUUGUGCGGUAUCGGCACAAGUCGUUCAUGGUUACCGCGGGCCUGCGCGUCAUCGCGGCGGUGAUACAGCACCCCGUGUUCUUCGAGCGGGCGGGCCAGACGGAGCUCCUGCGGACGCUUCGCACGCUUGAGGGCACCCUGGUGGAGGGACUCGACACCCAACCUGAGGUGCAAGCCUGCCUGUGCACGAUGCUGUGUGCGGCGCAGUGCCUGUUCUGCGACGGCUACAGCAACAAGAUCAUCCGCGACCUAGCCUUUAAGGCUCUGCAGAAUGUGCCUGACAACACUGAGGUUCGCGACCCAGCGGUGCGUGCCAUCUCCAUGUGCGUGCGCCAAAGCAAGGUGCCCCUGGACGAGGACGACGUGUUGAUUUUGGUCCAGCACCUGAUCGACUGCGGCAGACAGGACCAGGCCGUUGUGUAUGACACCCUGCACAUCCUCCACGUGCAGAUGGAGCUUGGGGUCCACCACGACCUGCUGGCGAACCGAGCCGUCUGGGUCGUGAUGAAUAAGAUGGACGUUGGUUCGCCCUUCAAUGCGAGCAUGUACCUUGGGAUGUCGCUCAUGCGCCUGGCGUGCAAGACCAAGAGCGACCACACGCGCGCAGAGCUUGCGCGCUAUGCGCUGGUUGCCAUUGACAACUUCUUCAACGGCGAUGGUCGCGGCCUGGACGAGCACGUGCAGAUGCUGGCAUGCGAUGUGCUGCGCCAGCUGUUCAAGCACAGCGGCUGGUUGCCUCGUCGCCCGCUGGCGGUCAUUGCACGCGUCGUCACCUUCAUGAGGCGAAAUUUGGACAGGCCAGACAUUGCCAGCAUCGGGUGGCGCACGCUCGCGGCUUUUGCGCGAUCCGGCGGUCACUUGCCGCGCAUGCUCGUGGGCUAUCAUUUUCACAAGACUGCGCUGCAGGUUCUCGACAACAUCAACAGCUCUGGUGGCACCAUCGUCAUCGGGGAGAUCCUGGACCCUGAAGAGGCCGACACUGGCGAUGGUGAUGGUGAUGGUGUGGUGGUGGACGGGGACGCAAGUGCUGGGGACCAUGGGGACAAUGGGGCCGAAGGUGCCGGAAGUGCCACCAAGAGCGGCAAGGCAUCCGCAAAGGAGAGCGGUGAUGCUGAUGACGCCCUUGCCAACGACAGUGAUGAUCAGGCCGAAGCUGACAAUGGCACUGGCGAGCAAGCACAGGGAGGAGACGUUCCCACCGACGAGCGCGACGCUGAUGUGGCAAUUGAGGGGGAGAAGGCUGAAGUGGAAGAAACGGAAGACCAGGAAGCGGAGCCAGAGCAGCAGCAACAGCAGCAGCAACAGCAACCAUCACAGCAGCCGCAGGAUGAAGAAGAAGAGGAGGUGCCCCUGACGGCCAUUGGUCGCCAGGUGUCACGCAUGGGCCCGCACGACUCCCUGGUGAGCCUUCAUGAGGGAGAAAGGACGCAAGAGGCUGGCGUGGCAGACAUGCAGAGCAGCACGUACGAGGGCGGCAUCGUGGACCUGAGCGUGAUCAGGGUCGUCGACAACCAGUUUGCUAGCCGCGAGGCCAUGUUCAAUGAGGACCAGUUUGUGCUGGUGCUGCAAACGCCAAGCAACUUGGGCGCCGAGGCGUGUGAGCUCCUCACAGCCCUCAGCGUGGACAGUGAAUGCUGCAACUAUCUCUUCACGUGCUCUGCCCAGCACCUCCUCCUCGCCCUGCUGGAGAAGACACCAUGCACGCAGGACACGUACCCGUUCCUCAGCAACGCCCUCAAGAUGUUGUCCACCAUGUUCAUCCACGUGCCCAAUGCGCGCCGCUGGCUCCACCUUGCAGGCGUCAAAGGACACAAGCGCCGGUUCGCCGCGCUCCUUCGCGACGUGCUGCAGGUGGCGUGGCCCGACCCAGACAUCCCGUGCAGCGCCGCGUGCAUGUGUGAGGUGCUGUGCACGGAGCCCGAUGCGUCUCUUGAGACUGCCAGUCCAGCCAUGGACGCCGUGUCCAUGGUUCUGGUGGCCAUGACGAAGGUUGUCAUCGCUGUCGAUCACCCGGACCUGCUCCCCGCCCUCAGCAACUGCCUGCUCAACAUGAUGCGCACGCAGCAGGCCGGCAAGCGCAGUUUCGAGCACCACGACAUCUACACGCUGCAGACGACCGUGUCGGACAUUUGCGACAUCAAGAACGCGACGGGCCUGGGCGGUGCCUAUGCCACCGCUCUUGGACACAUUGUCAACACCAUGGCUGUGCUGGCCGACUACAACCAAGACGGCCAGCUCUGCGUGUAUGUGCAGUGCAACACCGCAGGCAAGCUUGCGGACGUAUGCGGCCUUGUUCAGCAUGGCGUGCCUGUCACGGAGAGCACACGCACCUCUGCUGAAAUGCUGCGUGAGAAGAUUCAUGACUACAUGAGCAAGCAGGCCGACGAGCACACCGCUAAGAAACGCCUCACUCUGAUGAAACGUAGGGGAGGAAGACCCAACACAUUCCAAACAAGACCACAAGGCACACCGCUAAAAAUUGUUGAUCGAGAUACGUAUCGGUCUCCAUACUUUCUCUCGCGAUAG